CCCGACGCCGUCACGCCGACAACAGAUGCCAGAUAGUAGUAUUGUUGUUGCUCAUUUAGUAAUUCAUGUUUGUGUUAAAUAUUUAAUAAUUUUUAAUUGUAUUUUGUUAUGACUCAUGUGAUUUAUUAGCCGCCGUUACCUUUUAUUGUGAAUGAAAUGGAAAACUUUUAUUUAUUUAUCACUAUUUUUUGUGGUAUAUUCACACUAAUCAAUUGUACUAGUAUAGUGAAACCCAGAGGUAUCGCGUUCGAAAGAGCGUCACUUUAUGUACCCGACAAAGAUUUUUCGUGUUUUGAUGGAAGUUACAUAAUUCCUUUUUCAUUUGUAAAUGACGAUUACUGCGACUGUCCAGAUGCUAGCGAUGAACCCGGCACUUCGGCUUGUCCUAAUGGCACAUUCCAUUGUACCAACGCUGGCCACACAUCACUCGUCAUACCAUCAUCUAGAGUAAAUGAUGGAAUUUGUGAUUGUUGUGAUGGAUCCGAUGAAUGGGCAAAUACUUUAAGCAAAGGUACAUGUGAUAACACUUGUGAAGAACUUGGCCGAGCAGCAAGAGAAGAGGCCGAAAGAGUACAAAAAAUAUUUGUAGCCGGCCAUGAAAUCCGUGCUCAAUUAAUUGCUAAAGGAAAAGAAUUGCGACUGGAAAAACAAAAUAGAAUUACUGAACUUUUUGAAGUACAAAGAGAUGCUGAACUUGCUAAAAAUAAUACAUUAUAUGCUAAAGAAACAGCAGAGGAAAUUGAAAAGUCUGCAUUAGAAAAAUAUAAAAUAAUGAAUGAUGAAAAAAAAAGACAAGAAAAUGAAAAAGAAAAACUGAGAGACCAGAAUGAAGCUUUCGAAAUAUUUAAUCAGAUAGAUACAAAUAAAAAUAACAAAAUUGAAGAAGAAGAAGUAGAUGCAUAUGCUACUUUUGAUCAGAACAAUGAUGGUACAGUUUCACAAGACGAAAAAGAUUAUUUUAUGGAAAAUAAAAAAGAAAUUAAUUUAGAAGAUUUCAUUUUAAAUGGCUGGAGUCGUUUGAAGCAAUUAAUAAUUGCUGAAAAUAUGGAUGUAAAAGAUCCCGAACUCCCUGAUAUUGACAAUGAUAGACAAGUGGAAGAAGGAGAAGAUCAGGAUGAAAAUGAAGAUGAAAGUGAAUCUGUAGACGAUGAAGUUAAAUAUACAGAAUCUGAAGAACUUGAUGAAUCACAGUACGAUGAAGAAACAAAAUUAAUAGUUGAAGAAGCCAAACAAGCACGUAAUGCAUUUGAAGAAGCUGAUAGGAAAUUUAGAGACUUGCAACGUGAAGUAACUCAUUUACAAGAAUCACUGAAUAAAGAUUUUGGUCCAGAAGAUGAAUUUGCACCUCUCGAUGGAGAAUGUUAUGAACUUUCUGACCGUGAAUAUGUGUAUAAAUUAUGUCUUUUCGAUCAAAUAACUCAACGGUCCAAAAAUGGUGGAUCUGAAGUAAGAUUAGGUACUUGGAACAGUUGGAUUGGUGAACCGAAAUACCGUACUAUGUUAUAUGAUAGAGGACAACACUGUUGGAAUGGUCCUCAAAGAUCUACUCAUGUACGUUUAAGUUGUGGCCUGGAACCAGCAUUGCUCUCUGCUACAGAACCAAAUCGUUGUGAAUAUGCUAUGGACUUUGUUGUACCAGCUGUUUGUGUACAGCAUGAGAGACCUUCAGCACCUGUAACAGAUGCUGAACAUGAUGAAUUAUAAUUUAAAUCGACUAAUUUUAAUUCAUUGAAUUCGUAUCAACUGUUUUUGGGGUAUUUAAUACAAAAAUUAUGUUUGUUCAUUAUUACUUUAAACCAAUGUACUAUUAUUAUAUUUUAUUUAUAUACUUUUUUUUUAUUAAAUAUAAAAUUGUAAAACUAAUCUUAAAUAUGUUUCUUAUUGAAAUAAAAUGCAAUUGUGAUGGAUAGUUUAAACCCAAGUAGCCAUAAGAUUAACAUCAAACUUAAAAAUUGUAAAGUUCUGUAUGGUUUCAAUUUUAAAUGUAUGCUACAUAAUAUUAUAAUGUUUUGUUACAAAAUAUUUUUACAAACUAUUAAAAUAUAUUAACUACGAAUAAAGAUAGAAUAAAUUAAUUAUAAUACUUAAA